AUGGCGGUUCCUGGCUUCAAAUUCGUUCGCCAAUCAACUCUUCAUCUUCGUUCUACUCCAUUCCAAUACCUUCGUAAGGUUGUGCCCAAAUCCGUCGUUGCGGUGGAGGCAGCAGCGACAUCCACAAACGAAAAUGGAGGUGGCUCAGUUCAUGAAGAAGGAAUUAAGAAAUCCCCUGAAUGGAAAAGGAUAGGUUCGAAAGAGCUUGGAAUUCAUAAUUCAUCGAUUGAUGUCACUACUAAGAAGGUUCUUAAUGGGCUCAAGAAAAGAGGAUAUGAUGUAUACCUAGUAGGAGGUUGUGUACGUGAUCUUGUUCUAAAGAAAACACCAAAGGACUUUGAUAUUAUAACUUCAGCUGAGCUAAAAGAGGUGAUGAAAGUAUUUUCCUGGUGUGAGAUAGUUGGCAAACGCUUCCCUAUAUGUCAUGUUCACAUGGAUGGUACCAUUGUUGAGGUGUCAAGUUUUAACACUGCUAGACGCAAGAAUGGUGUGGAAUUUUCUCAUCAUACAGAAACACCUAAUGGUUGUGAUGAGGAGGACCUUCUUCGGUGGAUGAACUGUUUAAACCGGGACUUCACAAUUAAUGGGUUGAUGCUUGACCCAUAUGCAAGAAUUGUACGAACUAUAAAUCCUGCAGAAAUUUCAUUUCGGGAAGAUUGUGCUCGCAUUCUACGUGCAAUUAGAAUUGCUGCUCGCUUAGGAUUUAGUAUUUCUAAGGAAACAGCUCAUUUUAUUAAAAACCUGUCUUGUUCAAUAUUAAGACUUGAUAAGUCUAGGCUGCUGAUGGAAAUAAACUAUAUGCUAGCUUAUGGUUCUGGUGAAGCUUCUUUAAGGCUAUUAUGGAAGUAUGGACUGCUAGAUAUACUUCUCCCCUUCCAGGCUGCCUAUUUUGCUCAUCAUGGAUUUCGAAGGAGGGACAAAAGAACCAAUAUGCUUUUGUCUCUCUUCUCCAAUUUAGAUAAGCUUUUCGCUCCAAACCGUCCAUGUCAUAGUAGCUUAUGGUUUGGGAUCCUAGCACUACACAAAGCAUUGAGUGAUCGACCAAGGGACCCCUUGGUGGUUGCUGCAUUUAGCCUUGCCGUCCAUAAUGGUGGAAAUUUGUUGGAAGCAGUGAAGAUAGCAGGGAUGAUCAACAAGCCACAUGAUAUGAGGUUUCCUGAAUUAUUAGAUCCUUCUGGUAUGGAUGCAGAGGCAUUGGUAACUGGGCUUAAUGAUCUUGCAGAGUCUGUUAGAGGGACACUGCUGCAAAUGACUGAUGAACAUUUUGUAUCUCAAGCUAUGGCUGACUAUCCUCAAGCCCCUCGUUCAGACCUAGUGUUCAUUCCAUUAGGAUUGUACGUAAAAGCAUUCAGCAUUUUCGAAUGUGUGAAAAGGAGUGCUGGUAAGAAAUCCCUGUCAAAGCAAGGCAUGAAAAUUGAUUAUGAAGCCUUAGCUAUUGGUAAUAUACAAGAAAUAAGACACGUUUUUGCAAGAAUUGUAUUUGAUACUGUGUUCCCGCUUCACCAAGUUCAGGACCAGGCUUUAAUGAGUAGCCGGAUUUCACAGGGAGGCUAG